AGUCUACAUUUUCAGUGCGUGAGCAAACGCAGUUAUGUGCUCAAUUCUUCAGUAAAGAUAGUGGACAUUGAUUAAUAGUGCAUGCAAAGUACUCUUUGAUAUUAUAAUGCUAUUAUCGAUUUACGAACAAACAGAAGAUGCUUUUCAAUUUUUGUGAUCCUCGGUUACGUCCAGAAAUUGAAUGCAGUAAUGUUAGUACAGAAGGAUACGAAGUAACCAAUUUGAUAAGUGGUUCUCGCAAAGGUUUCCUGGCGUAUUCUUGCAUCAAACCACCAAUUCACAUUGACAUCACAUUUCUUUGUAACAUACAAAUAAAUCAUAUAUUAAUUUGGCCAUCUGUUGGAUCACAGAAGUCAUCAGGCUUUCGACUUUACUCCAAAAAUACCAAUGAUGGGAACACUCCGUAUACUUUAUUGUCCAAUGGUUAUUUAAGCUCUCGAGAUGCUGGACUAUUGUUUCAUCCGGCAGACAUUGAUUCCAAACAAAUCUUUGCUCCAGCAAAUUUCUUAAAACGUUACAUUAAAGUAUCCAUGCGGUACUUUACUGCAAAUACUCAUAGUUUACGUAUCACUAUAUGUAAAACAGAAAAUUCAGUACCAGCAUUAGCAAGGAUUGAAGUAUGGGGAACGGUAUCACCACGUUGUGGAAAAGAUGUUGUAGCAAGUGUGUAUACAUUAUGGUACAACCAUCAAAACACCUUUGUAACAGAAUGCAAGAGUAGUACUAACUUUAUAAAUACUCCAGACAAUAUAAUAACCAACAGGCAGAAAAAUCAGAUAUCUCUGGAAAUUCCUGAACAUUUCUUAGAUCCAAUUACAUGCGAGAUGAUGACUCAACCAAUUAUAUUGCCUAGUGGUAAAAUAAUAGAUCAAACUACAUUAGAAAAGCAUGAACAGCAUGAAGCAGUUUGGGGUAGACCAGUAUCAGAUCCAUUCACUGCUGUUCCCUUCAAUGAAGAACGGAGACCAAUCAUGGCUACUGCUUUGAAGUUAAGAAUUGACAAAUUUCUAUUGGAGAAUAGCAAUUCGGAUGAAAUAAAAAAUAUGCCCAGAGUUUUGGGCCGUGCUCCAUCCUCGAUUGUAAUGAGAGACAGGAGAAUACUUGAAAUACCAAGGUGUGUAUUAAACAAGAACUCACUAAAAAGGACCAAUGAAGAUGCCAAAUUGAAUGUACACAAGCAAAUGACAAAUGACACACAACGAACAAAAAAAUAUUGCCAUAAACUACCAGCUGUUAUCACAUGCCCGAAACGAACCACUGCCAAUGUUUACUCUAACUCGAAACAAGUUGUGAAAAAUUUAAUUGCCUCUCCAUCAACCACUAAUAAUUCUCGCAACUGUAAUGAUAACAAAUCGGAAAAACUGCCAAAUGAUAUAGAGAUUAUUUCAGACAAUAGGAUAAAUGCUCUGUUUAAAGAAACAAAUAUUAAACGCUUUAGCGCAUCAGAAAAAGUGGAAUUACACAACAUAUCGAACAAUUGUAAAUGUUGUAGUGAUAGUAUUCUUUAUAGACUGCCUUGCAAACAUGUGAUAUGUAGAAAAGUAUUGUUAUCUAUUGAAAAUAGUCAAUGCAAUUCUUGUGGACAUUGUUACAAAUCAAGCGACGUGGAACGGGUUCAUGACAAUAUUUUAAGUAUAUAAAGAUAUUCCGAAACGUUAGAUUGUAUUAUUUUCUUAUCACAUAAUUAUAUCAGAUAUUCUGAUAUUUUAUUAAAAGAUUUUGUAAGAAUAUGUUAGUUACUUGCCAUAUAUCUCAAUCUUGUUUAAUUUAUUACUUAUUAAAUUUUUUAUAUAUGCACAAUAUGUAAAAUAUAUUAUUACAACAUUAAAUUAUUACAUCGCAAUAUUAUAUGAUUCAUAACAAUUCCAAUGAUGAUAGAGUCGUUCAUAAUAUUUUUGGCACGUAAUAUAAAUACAUGUUCAUAUAAAGUCAGUUUAUAAAAAUUUGUUUUUAUCUUUCGUACACAUAUAUGUAUCGUAUAUCAUAUAUGAUCAUUUAUAAAUAAAGUUUAGCAUGUUUUUUUAAUUUGUACGUUUUUGCAAGAAUUAGUAUAAAUAACGCUCUGUAAAUAUUUUAUACAAUUUAUGUUUUUUACUUAACUCAUAUGCUGAAUUUACAAUAAAAUCCAUACAUCAUAAACUCGUGAUAAAUGGUUUUUAAGUAAAACGAAAGCGUUAAUAUAUAUGUGCGAUAUAUUUUAAUAAAAAUAGAAACGGACCUCUCCAAAAAAAAAGUACGAAAGCUUAGAAUCUUGAUUACUAACUUGAUAACUUGAAUCUUGAUAACUAAGUAAGAUUUGAAGAGGCAAAUUAAUCGAAGAAAAAUUCCGAUACGUGCGUUUGACAUGCUGGACAUAAUUAUCCCCCCAUUAUCAUAUUAAUAUUAUAUAAAAGAAAUAUUAGUAUUUAAUAGCACUAGACAUCCGUGUUUGCUCCUUAUUUGCCUCUUCAAAUCUUACCGUUAGUUAUUCUAAAAAGGAGCUUUCUAUAAUUUUUGUUAAUCUUGAUUACGUUUACUUCGGUAUUUUCGAAUCUCUAAUUCACAUGGUAAUACUGUUUCCACGUGUAUGGUUUUGUAAACUCGAAAUACAUAAAAUUUCCAAAGA